GUUCGCCAACACCAGACGCAUCGUGUACCAUCAACUCUGUUGUAUCGAGCUGUACGUCGAUUACUGUGGGUUCUUUUACUGUACCAGCUGGUACGACAGUUAUCAUGAAUUUGAAGCAAGGUUCCACGGUAUCAUUUACUGGCACGGUUGAUUUCGCUUAUAAAGAAUGGUCGGGCUAUCUCCUUGAGAUCAUUGGAAACUCAGUCACUGUCGAGGGCACAGGAAGUCACUUGUUCCACGGACAUGGUGAGCAGUACUGGGACGGUAAGGGUGGAGCGGGCACCAAGAAACCAGUAUUCAUGUACCUAAAGGGUACCGGAUCAACUUUCAAGAAUUUCAAAAUCAAGAACUGCCCGUUGAGAUGCGUUGCUAUCGAUGGAUCGAACAACAUAGUUGUGAGCGGCUUUAUCAUCGACAAUGCCGAGGGCGCUCCGGGUACCGCAAAAAGUGGAAAGGAAGGUCACAACACCGACGGAUUUGACAUCGCCAAAUCGACGUACGUUACUGUCAAAGACGCCACUGUAACGAACCAGGACGAUUGCGUAGCUAUCAAUAACGCGCACAUGUUACCAUUGACAAUUUCCACUGCAUAG